AUGGCGGAAGGGCAGCGGGAAGGAAGAGAAGAAGAAAGUAAACGUGCCAGAAAGAGCAACUGGGCUCCUCGAGAUGAAGUUGUUCUUGUAGAAGAAGUCCAGAAGCGGGAACAGCUUUUGUUUGGGAAACUGGGGUGUCCAGGCAGGACCGUAGUGGACAAGACCAAAGCCUGGAAUAAUAUAUUUUUAUUUUUCAGUGGCAAUCCUUCAUCUUCCAGGAGGAACAUCAUAGAAAUAACGAAAAAAUACCAGAAUAUAAAACAGAAAGCUAAAGAGAAAAGAAGUGCUGCGAUAACACCAAAGACAGGAGGGGGGAAAAGACCACCUUCCCCAAGUGCCAGUGAGCAGUUGGUUCUGGACACCUUUGAAGGGCGGCCGAGUAUGUGUGGCCUCUCUGGUGGCUUCGACACCGCUGGUAAUAUCAUGUAUACGUUUACAAUAGAUUAUUAUUAG